ACUAGUGCGGCGCAUUCGGCUGGUACUCCAGUCUGUACCGACACAUCCGCGAGGUGCAUUAUAAGGUAACACCCAGUGAUGGACGCAUACCAGUUAUGGACACCCCCUACCAGUGCGGCGCAUUCGGCUGGUACUCCAGUCUGUACCGACACAUCCGCGAGGUGCAUUAUAAGGUAACACCCAGUGAUGGACGCAUACCAGUUAUGGACACCCCCUACCAGUGCGGCGCAUUCGGCUGGUACUCCAGUCUGUACCGACACAUCCGCGAGGUGCAUUAUAAGGUAACACCCAGUGAUGGACGCAUACCAGUUAUGGACACCCCCUACCAGUGCGGCGCAUUCGGCUGGUACUCCAGUCUGUACCGACACAUCCGCGAGGUGCAUUAUAAGGUAACACCCAGUGAUGGACGCAUACCAGUUAUGGACACCCCCUACCAGUGCGGCGCAUUCGGCUGGUACUCCAGUCUGUACCGACACAUCCGCGAGGUGCAUUAUAAGGUAACACCCAGUGAUGGACACAUACCAGUUAUGGACACCCCCUACCAGUGCGGCGCAUUCGGCUGGUACUCCAGUCUGUACCGACACAUCCGCGAGGUGCAUUAUAAGGUAACACCCAGUGAUGGACACAUACCAGUUAUGGACACCCCCUACCAGUGCGGCGCAUUCGGCUGGUACUCCAGUCUGUACCGACACAUCCGCGAGGUGCAUUAUAAGGUAACACCCAGUGAUGGACACAUACCAGUUAUGGACACCCCCUACCAGUGCGGCGCAUUCGGCUGGUACUCCAGUCUGUACCGACACAUCCGCGAGGUGCAUUAUAAGGUAACACCCAGUAAUGGACACAUACCAGUUAUGGACACCCCCUACCAGUGCGGCGCAUUCGGCUGGUACUCCAGUCUGUACCGACACAUCCGCGAGGUGCAUUAUAAGGUAACACCCAGUGAUGGACACAUACCAGUUAUGGACACCCCCUACCAGUGCGGCGCAUGCGGCUGGUACUCCAGUCUGUAAGGUGCGUUCGGGUAAGUUUCGGUCAAUUUUAGGUGUUUUUUGUUGAUGCUGAUAGAAUUUUAUUUUCUCAGCUUGUGUAUACGCUACGAGCCUGAUUCAUAUAUCAAAAUAAAGAGAAAGAACUAAUCUACUGCGUGUAAUUUUAUUAAAUCCCUACACGUGCAGGUAAAUGUGUAAUGAGUGUUUAAAAAUGAAAAAAAAAAAUUUUCGGCCUCUGUGAAUUUUUACGUGGUGGUGUAAGAACGGACGGGUCUGUAAAAUCGAUUCUAUUACUGCUAGUAGAGAGUUCAUUAUAGAGAAUAAUCCGACUUUAUCCGCUGACAAACAUAUAUAGUAGAUUUAUACAAGAGUAUAGGAAACAAAAGUUUCCGGAGCUAUUAUAUUUUUUUCGACUUUUUCCGUCCGAUCUUACCCGAACCACCCAAAAACACAGAAAUUGUGGAUCUCAAACUUUUUAUCGUGGGGUCAACGACCUACAAGUGUUGGGUCAAUAGCCGUAUCUACAAGUGCUAAGAAAAUCAGGAAAGUGUUUUUUACUAAAACUAAAAUAAAUACAACCAUUGUAAAUCAGUCUCGAGUUUUACUCAACAUUCAUUAUAUACUUUUAAUACAAAUGUCAGAAAACUCAAAAUGUGUGUACCUAAGUAAUUAGAAUUAGAUAUACCUAAUAUCUUACUUAGAGAUCAAUCUUAUUUGGUACACGCAGUUUUUUUGGCUUCUUUAAGUUUACUAGUUUAAUUUCAGUCGAAAUAAUUGAACACGAUUGGAGUUUUACUUAUUUAUAAUAAUAAACAUUCUAAAUCGAAAUAAUUAGGUAAAAUAUACCAUUUUGUCAACAAUAAACCAAGCGUAACCGAACCAUAAUUUAUACCUUGAGUGCAGGAUAAGCUUGGAUUGACAAAUAGAAACAACUUGAAAUUGCACUAAGUAUGUACCUACACGUAUUAAUAAAUCUUCUCUCUUAUUAACAUCAAUCAUCAAAAUAACUAGCUGUAAAGAUCAAGCUAGGAGAACGUUUAAGAGACUAGUAGAAGUUGUCAGAAGUAUCAGACUCUACUACUACCACGUCUCCUGGAUCCCACUGUAAGUAGGUACCCGCUGAAUUUUUGGAUUUAACCAUAACUUUAUACCUUAUAUCUACUUUAAAAGCUGCAGACGUACAUAGAAAGCCUGCAUGGGGCGAAGUGGGAUGUACUAAA